UUUGAAUUGAAAGAAAAGGCAUCAAGGUACAUGAGGUGGACCUCCCCACCCACACCCAUUUGAUCAAAGAGACAAAAACACUCCUCACCCACUCUCUCCCUCAUACCUGCGGCCAGCACACACCAAGCAAGAACAAGGAGUCCUCCAUUUUCUUUCCUCCAUUGUUGAAGAGAGCUCAACAAGAAAGAAUCCCAAGAAAAGGAGCUAAAAGUGUUAAAAGUGUGAAAAUUAAGGAACUUGAUUAAAGUAUUUUUGAGCUUCGCCGGAGUUGGUCAAAGUUCACCGGAGUUGGUCAAAGUUCGCCGGAAUUAGUCAAAGUUCAACCGCGAAGCGUAGAACACGUUUAAGCUCACUUAAGUUUCAGGUAGAACUUGAAGGUUGCUACCACCGCCCGUUGCUUCGGGAAGAUCAAAGGAGGGAGACGUGGUUCGUGCUUCUUCCGUUCCUGUUUCGAAAACAUUUUGAACAAUGCUCAUGGAUACUAUUUUUAAAUAUUUGUUUGGGGGCUUGUAUGCCCAUGGUUGCCAAAGUGUGGCAUAAACACUUAUAUUAAAUGUUUUCCGCUGCUUGAAUGAAUAUUUUACAUUAUGUUUGUUUAUGGAUGUACUACGUGUGAAUGAUAUUCCAGACGCCUUGUAUAGUAUGGAUGUGUUGGACUGCGGUUGACCAUUCGUACUGUACGGCGGAUUGUUGACGUGUCCGGGUAGGUCCGGGGCGUGACAAUUUAAUUGGUAUCAGAGCCUUAGUCCGUAAACUUCAUAAUGAAGCUUCAAAAUCUCUUUUUGAAAACAAAUUUGAAAAACCAUGAGCAUAAAAGUUUUGUACUUAAAGAACUUUUGGUACUUGAGUUGCAAAGUCUCUAAUUGUUAAGAUGGUACCCUUAACAAUUGGUAUGCCGGUGAUUUGAGUCAAAGGAUGUCUUUAAGUGCCUAUCCGUCACUUGACAUUGAUACGAGUCUAAUGACUCAUUCUAAUUUCUUUCAGAAAUGGAACCAGUUGGAAGGAUCACUAGGAGGAACCCGACGGGCCGUGUGCCGGGUGGGUCCGAGCGCGGUAGCCGGGGGUCCUCUAGGGGAUCAAGAGGAAGAGGCCGCGGAGGCCGACAACAACAAACCGUGAGCGAUGGCCACGUCGAUACGGAAAGCGAGACCUAUUGGUCUUAUGAGGACUCGACCUACCGGCCGGAAACUGAGCCGGUUGAGACCCCUUAUGAAGGGGAUGACGACGAUGUUAGUGACGAGGAGGAAAAUGGCUCCUUGGCUAGGAUUGAAGCACUGCUCCAACAAUAUCAUCGGGAGCGUGAGGAAAGGAGAGAACGCCGAAGGCGCCGUACAGGGCCACCUUCGGGCGGGGCUCCAAGAGGGAGGAGCUACUGUGAUUCGAGGACCCAUGUAGAAGCGCAUGGGAGCCGUGGUGAUGGAGGUCCAACCAUAAGGAUCUCCAAAUACAUCAAGGAGGCGAGAGACUUGGGGUGUAAACCGUUCGAUGGGACGGGAGACAUCUCAGUUGCCGCGCAGUGGAUCAAGAGGCUGAACGAGGCAGCCCUUGACAUGCAACUCACCCCCGAUUUCAAAUUGAGAAUCGCGGUGAGGUUACUUGAAGGGUUAGCAUCCAAGUGGUGGGAUGGAACCAAGGGUAAGUAUGGCGGGACGGUUACUUGGGAGGAUUUUCGGCAGGAAUUCUUUGCCCAAUACUACUCCGACUUUGAGGUAAACGCCAAAGUGAGGGAGUACACUCUUUUGACCCAAGGGGGUAACAUGACGGUGAAAGAACUUGAGCAUAAGUUCAGGGACCUUGCCGACCACAUACCGGAGUAUGCUUGUGAUGAGAACCGAAUGGUGAAUCACUUUUGGGAGGCCUUGGACUUGGAGAUACGUGAUAGGGCGACUCAAUUGCCCAACAUGACUUUCAGCCAAGUGGUUGCCCAGGGGUUGAAGGGAGAAAAGCAAUGGGAGGAAAGGAAGAAGAGGGACGCCGAGGAGGCAAAGAAGAGGAAAUGGGAGAGCCAUGGCCCCCAAGGUUCUAAUAAGAAAGGGAACCAUGGGGGAGGAGGAUCAUUCAGGGCACCGGCACCACCAUCUAGGGGAGGCUCAGGCACGGGUGGACAAACCUCGGGCUCGCAAGCCCCAAUGAUGAUUAGAUGCAGGAAUUGUAACAGGAACCAUGGGGGUAAGUGUCGUGACCCUCCUCGGUGCUACCAAUGUGGAGACACGGGGCAUAUUAAACCAAAUUGCCCUCAACUUGGUGGGAACCGAGGGGUGGGAUCAAGCGGCACUACCACGGCAAGUAGGAACCGAAGCGGAGCACCCCAUGCUAGUAUGGGGCAAGGGGGAGCGAGCACAAGCAACGCGCCGUCCGUGAACCAAGGAAGAACUCAAGCUAGAGUCUACGCAAUGACCGAGGCCGACGCUCGGGCCAACCCCGACUCCGUUGCAGGUAAUCCUUUGUAACGAUUGAUAAAUUACAAGUAUUGAGUGCUAAAAGUGAUAGCGGGUUUGUACGGGCUCGCCGGGGCCAAUACCGGCCGGUUUCCUAGCAAAAAGUUGCAAAAAUAAACUGCCCAGGGGUAAACCGGCGCCGGUCGAGGCUUAAACCGGCGCCGGUUCUAAUUAAAAACGCCCGUUUUGGGGUUGCCGUGGGUAAACCGGCGCCGGUUCUGGCCCAUAACCGGCGCCGGCCAAGGGUCGGGGAUACUUAAGCCAAUUAAAAUCGAUUUCCGGGAGACGCCGUAGCAAAACCGGCGCCGGUUUUGGCCAUAACCGGCGCCGGUCUAAGGGAAAAAGGGGUCGGAAAAAUCACCGUGCUCGAAACCGGGGCCGGUUUUGAAGAAAAAAACAUUUUUUCGAAGUUACCGAAGAUUAACCGGCGCCGGUUUUGGCCAUAACCGGCGCCGGUCCAGUUUAACUUACGCGUAUUCGGCCACCCCGAAGGCAAACCGGCGCCGGUCUUGCCUAGAACCGGCGCCGGUCCAGUGUAUUUUCACCCGAAAUGUUUUUGUUAAGCCCCGUUUCGAUCCGGUACGUUGGGUGGUGUGUCUUACAUGACUUAUAUAUGUAGGAACAUUAAAGAUCAAUGGUAGAAACGCAAGAAUUCUCAUUGAUACCGGGGCACAACGUUCAUUCGUGAGUGAAGCGUUUGCCGAAAGUUUAGACGUGCCGUUGAUAGUAAUGACACAACCCUUGUUGGUCUCUACACCGUUGGGAGACGACGUGGAGAGGAAACACUACUAUCCUUCGUGUGAGGUAGAAGUGACGGGUCAACCUUUGACUUGUGACUUCGUACCUCUAAGUAUGUUAGAAUUCGAUGCAAUUCUAGGGAUGGAUUGGCUCGAGAAACAUCAUGCUCGAGUGGAUUGUUAUGCCAAGGUUUUGGAACUCGAGGAUGCUGAGGGAAACACUCUACGUUUCGAGGGAGAUCGGGGAGGAUCUCAUAGUUGCAUAAUAUCCGUGAUGAGGGCACGGAAGAUGAUGAAGAAGGGAUGCCACGCAUACCUUGCUUACGUGGUGGAUGAAGCAAAGAAGGAGGUUAACAUCAACGAUGUACGUGUCGUGUGCAAAUAUCCGGAUGUCUUUCCCAAAGACUUGCCGGGGCUUCCACCCGACAGAGAGAUCGAAUUCGUGAUCGAAGUGGAGCCGGGAACCAAACCCAUCUCGAUUCCUCCUUAUCGAAUGGCACCGGCCGAGCUUCAAGAGUUGAAGGUUCAACUCCAAGAGCUAUUGGACAACGGGUUCAUUAGACCCAGUCAUUCACCGUGGGGAGCACCCGUACUCUUCGUGAAGAAGAAAGAUGGUACACUAAGAAUGUGUAUAGACUACCGAAAGUUGAACAAGGUCACGAUCAAAAACAGGUAUCCUUUACCGAGGAUUGAUGACUUGUUUGAUCAACUUCGAGGGGCAACAGUAUUCUCGAAGAUUGAUUUAAGGUCGGGGUAUCAUCAGUUGAAGAUAAAGGAGAGUGACAUACCUAAGAGUGCAUUUCGCACUAGAUAUGGUCACUACGAGUUCUUGGUAAUGUCAUUUGGUUUAACCAACGCACCGACGGCAUUCAUGGACAUGAUGAACCGUGUGUUCAGUGAAUACUUAGAUCAAUUUGUGAUAGUAUUCAUUGACGACAUUUUGAUAUACUCCAAGAGUGAAGAGGAGCAUGAAGAUCAUUUGAGUCUUGUACUUGAACGGCUAAGGGAAAAACAACUCUUUGCCAAGUUCUCUAAAUGCGAGUUCUGGCUCAAAGAGAUUGGGUUUCUCGGGCAUGUCGUGUCAAGUUCGGGCAUUUCGGUGGAUAAAGCCAAGAUAGAAGCCAUUAUGAAUUGGGAGAGACCCAAAAGUGUGAAAGAGAUACGUAGUUUCCUUGGCUUAGCGGGAUACUAUCGUAAGUUUGUUGAAAAAUUCUCUGUGUUGGCGUCUCCAUUAACAAAGCUCACGAAGAAAGGGGCCAAGUUCAUAUGGGACGACAAUUGUGAGAAAGGUUUUCUCGAACUAAAGAAACGGCUUACGGAAGCACCGGUCCUCGCUCUACCCACACAGGGGAUAGGGUAUGACAUAUACAGUGAUGCUAGCAUCCAAGGGCUUGGAUGUGUACUCAUGCAGAACGGUCGAGUGAUUGCCUAUGCUUCUAGGCAAUUGAAGAAACACGAGGCGAACUACCCUACCCACGAUCUAGAGUUGGGGGCGGUAGUGUUUGCACUAAAGAUUUGGAGGCAUUACCUCUAUGGGGAGACAUGUCACAUUUUUACCGAUCAUAAGAGCUUGAAGUACGUAUUCACUCAGAAAGAGUUGAAUAUGAGACAAAGGAGAUGGAUGGAGUUGAUCAAGGACUAUGACUUGAUCAUCGACUAUCAUCCCGGAAAGGCCAAUGUAGUGGCCGAUGCACUGAGCAGGAAAAGUACGUCGGGGACAUUACUCACAUGUCUACGAACUUUGAGGGCACAAGUGGAGGUGUCCACGAGUGGGGUCCUCAUUGCUAGAUUCGAGGUUAGGCCUACAUUGCUGAGUGAGAUCAGUAGAUGUCAGGUCACUAAUGAAGAAUGCCAGAAGAUCCGCGAGAGGAUCCUUGAAGGGCCCGUGGAGAACUUUCGGGUACGUGAUGACGGUCUUUUAUUGUUUAAAGACCGUGUAUGCAUACCAAAGAGUGAGGAGCUCCAAAAGUCCAUACUAGAGGAGGCUCAUUCUUCGGCAUAUGCUAUGCAUCCAGGGGGUACUAAAAUGUACCGAGACUUGAAGGAAAGUUACUGGUGGUCGGGUAUGAAGAGAGACAUCGCAGAGUACGUGAGUCGAUGCCUUACUUGCCAACAAGUUAAGGCAGAGCAUCAGCACCCGGCAGGGCUUUUGCAGCCACUGACCAUUCCAGAAUGGAACUGGGAGCAUGUUACCAUGGACUUCGUGGUGGGGCUACCACGAACAGUGAACAACUACGAUGCAGUAUGGGUAGUGGUUGAUAGGCUCACUAAGAGUGCACACUUUUUACCUAUCAACAUUACUUAUCCUCUUGAAAGAUUGGCAAAGUUAUACACGGAAGAGAUUGUGAGACUACAUGGAGUCCCGAUAUCCAUUGUCUCGGAUAGGGAUCCACGGUUCACAUCUCGAUUUUGGCCCAAGUUUCAAGCAUCCUUGGGUACUAAAUUGAAGUUUAGCACAGCUUUUCAUCCACAGACGGAUGGACAAUCUGAAAGGGUGAUACAGAUAUUGGAAGACAUGCUUAGGGCAUGUGCUCUGGAGUUCCAAGGAAGUUGGGACAAACAUUUGGCCCUAGUCGAGUUCGCCUAUAACAACAGUUAUCAGGCGAGUAUUGGUAUGCCUCCAUACGAGGCCUUGUAUGGGAGGAAAUGCAGAACACCGUUGUGUUGGGACGAGGUUGGCGAGGCCAAGCUCGAAGGGAUUGAACUUGUUGAAAUCACCAAAGCUAAGGUGAAAGUCAUUCAGGAUAGACUCAAGGCUGCCCAAGAUCGGCAGAAGAGUUAUGCCGACAAACGACGCAGGCCAUUGGAGUUCGAGGUCGGUGAUAAGGUCUUCCUAAGGAUUUCUCCUUGGAAGGGUAUCAUCCGAUUUAUAUCGAGGGGAAAACUCAACCCCCGAUACAUUGGUCCGUUCGAAAUCCUUGAAAGGAUUGGGGCCGUGGCAUACCGUCUCAAGUUGACGCCAGAACUUGAGAAGAUACACGACGUGUUUCAUAUAUCGAUGCUCAAGAAAUACGUGAGAGAUCCAUCUCAUAUUCUUGAGAAGCCACCGGUGGAGAUACGUGAAGACCUACAAUAUGCGGUGGAACCGGUAAAGAUUGUGGGUCAACAGGUAAAGAAACUGAGGAACAAGGAGAUUCCUAUGGUGAAGGUUCUUUGGAGGAGUGAUCGAGUCGAAGAAGAAACCUGGGAGACUGAGGUCUCAAUGAGGGAGCAAUACCCGUUUCUUUUCGAUUAGACACGUGGAUUUCGGGGACGAAAUCCCAAUUAAGGGGGGGUGAACUUGUAACACCGUCCCCAAAAAGUAGUUACUUUUAAGUAAAUAAUGUAUUGAACUUGUAGAAUGAUUAAUGAGUAUGCGAAGUUGUGAAUUUUUAUUAUUCUUAUUCGCGUGAAUAGUAAAUUGCAUGCGGGGCCCACACCGGGAGCGGGGGCCGCCCGAUAUUCCCGAGACCGUAUAUUUUACUCAUCUUGGUCAAUAUAAUAUUUAUAUAGUGGUGGACAAUUUAUUUGGUCCAAAGAAAUGAUAUGGGGUUGACCGAUUGAUCAAAAAGGCCAAAAUACCGGUAUUGGUAAUUUAACGGAUAAAAGCCCGAAAUGAAUUUCGGAGGCUUAUAAAUUAAAGUUGGGAAAUGUACAUUCAUUAUAAGGGUCAUAAUGAUUAAGAACACAUAAUAUAUUUUAUUUGACCCGAUAAAAUAAAAUAUAUUUAAAACUGUCCAAAAAAAUACAACUUUCGGGACCGAUUGUACACUUCUGGACAAAAAGGGUUGACCUCCCACAUGUGUGGGGGCCAACCCACGUUUUUAGACACCCAAAGUGAAGGGUUGGCCGGCUGGUAGGAGUGGAAAUACAUGAGGGAGGAUUUUGAAUUGAAAGAAAAGGCAUCAAGGUACAUGAGGUGGACCUCCCCACCCACACCCAUUUGAUCAAAGAGACAAAAACACUCCUCACCCACUCUCUCCCUCAUACCUGCGGCCAGCACACACCAAGCAAGAACAAGGAGUCCUCCAUUUUCUUUCCUCCAUUGUUGAAGAGAGCUCAACAAGAAAGAAUCCCAAGAAAAGGAGCUAAAAGUGUUAAAAGUGUGAAAAUUAAGGAACUUGAUUAAAGUAUUUUUGAGCUUCGCCGGAGUUGGUCAAAGUUCACCGGAGUUGGUCAAAGUUCGCCGGAAUUAGUCAAAGUUCAACCGCGAAGCGUAGAACACGUUUAAGCUCACUUAAGUUUCAGGUAGAACUUGAAGGUUGCUACCACCGCCCGUUGCUUCGGGAAGAUCAAAGGAGGGAGACGUGGUUCGUGCUUCUUCCGUUCCUGUUUCGAAAACAUUUUGAACAAUGCUCAUGGAUACUAUUUUUAAAUAUUUGUUUGGGGGCUUGUAUGCCCAUGGUUGCCAAAGUGUGGCAUAAACACUUAUAUUAAAUGUUUUCCGCUGCUUGAAUGAAUAUUUUACAUUAUGUUUGUUUAUGGAUGUACUACGUGUGAAUGAUAUUCCAGACGCCUUGUAUAGUAUGGAUGUGUUGGACUGCGGUUGACCAUUCGUACUGUACGGCGGAUUGUUGACGUGUCCGGGUAGGUCCGGGGCGUGACAAUUUAAGUUCUUGUGCACUUCUAACAUUGAAAUGUGCAUCUUAAUGUUCAUUUAAAUGAUAGUUUGACUAUGACAAAUUU